AUGCGUAUCACCGUCAGCGUCAUCCGCCCCGAGGCGGACUCGGACAUCAUCAACCUAGAAGUCGGCGGUGACAUGACGAUCGAGCUAUUGAAAGCCAUUGUCGAAAGCGAAACGGCCAUCCCCCCACAAGCCCAACAGAUCGUCUAUAACAACCAGCUCCUCGGGAACCCCUCACAAACUCUCGACCAAGUCGGCAUCACCGAAGGCGACAUGCUCGGCGUCCACGUCACCCUCCGUCCUCCACAACAGCCACGACCCUCCCCCUCUGCCUCCAGCUCCGUCGCUCCCCGCCAGGCCCCACCCCGCCCGGGUAUGCAAGACCCGGAGACUAUCCGCCUACAUAUCCUGGGUGAUCCCCGCGUGCGCGAAGCCGUCCGCCGGCAGAACCCCGAGCUGUCUGACGCGGCGGAUAAUGCCCAGCGGUUCCGCGAGGUCCUGAUGAGGCAGCAGCAGAGGGAGGCGCAGCUGGAGGCGGAGAAGGAAGCUCGCAUUGCUAUGCUCAAUGCUGAUCCUUUCAACCCGGACAACCAGAAGGAGAUUGAGGAGAUCAUUCGCCAGAAUGCUGUUACGGAGAACCUGCACAACGCCAUGGAGCAUCAUCCCGAGUCCUUCGGCCGCGUUACAAUGCUCUACAUCCCCGUCGAAGUAAACGGUCACCGCCUAAACGCUUUUGUCGACUCUGGCGCCCAGGUCACAAUCAUGUCGCCCGAAUGUGCAACAGCAUGCAACAUCAUGCGGCUAGUGGACCGCCGCUACGGCGGUAUCGCCAAGGGAGUCGGCACCGCCCCAAUCCUCGGCCGCGUCCACUCGGCCCAGAUCCGCAUCGGCGAGAUGUUCCUCCCCUGCUCGUUCACCGUGAUGGAGGGGAAGCAGAUCGAUCUGCUCCUUGGGCUGGACAUGCUGCGCCGACACCAGGCUUGCAUUGAUCUCAAGCGGGGCGCCCUCGUCAUCCAGGAUCAGGCUGUGCCGUUCCUGGGCGAGGCUGAUAUCCCGCGCCAUCUAACUGAGGAGUUUGAAGCCGAGCCUACGGUCAAGGGCGCUGAUGGGGCGGAAGUUGGAGCUAGGACUGGGGCUGUUACCCAUAAAGCCGGUGGUGAGGAGGGAAGCAGCAAUGCUACCAGCAAUACUGCCUCUGCCUCUGCACCAGCCCCAGCUCCUGGGACAUCCCAACCGCGAAUCAAUAUCCGGCCUGCACCUGCAUCGCCCGCCUCGCGCUGGUCGCAAGACUCCAUUGCCAAAAUCACCGAGCUGGGCUUCUCCCGCGAAGAAGCCGUUCGAGCCCUUGACAUGGCGAAUGGGAACCUAGACCAUGCGAUCGGGUUUUUGAUCUAG